UACUUCUGGUCAGACCAGUCGGAUGUGAGCGUGCAACAGGUCUGUGAGGCUGCAGAUGAGCGCCUGCAGGACUUCCUACAGCUUGUGGGAAACUGUUCAUGUUGUCCUCUUUGAAAGUUCAAAGGUUGAAGUUUAGCUAGCAGACGUGGGUUCUCACACCGAGAUGGAGCCAACUUGUUUCCCAGCUGUGUCCAGGGUGGCUGUAAGUGGGGGAACUCAUGGGAACGAGCUGACAGGGGUUUACAUUGUGAGAGAAAUGCAGAAACAGGAGGUGGACAAAGUGGGAUCUGUUUCUGUAACCACUGUUCUGGCAAACCCACGAGCCACUGACGCUUGCAGAAGAUACAUAGAGACGGAUCUCAACCGCUGUUUCACCAAUGCUUUGCUGAGCGCCCCCAUCACAGACUCGACUCCCUACGAGAUGAGACGAGCUCAGGAGCUGAAUGCUCAGCUGGGACCCAAAGGGAGCGAAAAGGCCGUCGAUCUGCUCAUAGACCUGCACAACACGACCGCCAACAUGGGCCUGUGUCUCAUCUUUGACUCAUUAGACUGGCUCACGCUGCACAUUUAUAAAUACAUACAGAGUAAGAUGACUAAAAUGCCUGUGAGAGCAAUCCAGCUGAACAAGCCGAGAUCUGAUGCAUACUGCCUGGAAUCAGUGGGAAAACAUGGCUUCGCAAUAGAAGUCGGGCCUCAGCCUAACGGUGUGCUCAGAGCUGAUAUCUAUAACACGGUGAAAACAGCAGUGGAUCUUACAAUAACAUGGCUUCAGGAAUUCAAUUCUGGAUGCACUUUUGAAGGAGGUGAAGUGGAAGCAUACAUUGCAGCAAAAAGUGUCGACUAUCCAAGAGAUCCUGAUGGUAAAAUAACUGCUGUCAUCCACCCCAAACUGCAGGAUAAUGAUUUUAAGCUCCUGCAGCCAGGGGAUCCGGUGUUCUUGUCGUUUUCUGGGGAAACGGUGAAUCAYGAGGGAGAGGAGCUCUAUCCUUUCUUCGUAAACGAAUGUGCCUACUAUGAGAAGAAGAUUGCCUUCCAUUUAGCCCGGAGGGAAACCUUCACUUUGCCAUCCAUUCGUUUGAGGACCUGAGACAAGCAAUAACAGUGUGCAGACUGUCUGCUCCAGAUAACAGCCAAAGAUAAUGUUGUCCGGUCUUUACCUCUACCAAAGAUUUUUUUCAUCACUAUUUGUACUUGACUAAAUCACUAAUAAAGAUACUAAGAAAAAAAUCACCCACAUAAUAAAAGUACUGAAAGAGUAGUUUUCACAAUUUUAAAUAGAUUGUAACAUGUUCACUUUACAUGUCUUUUAUAAACUAUGCAUUGCAUUUUAUUUUAAAUAAACACAUGAAAGCAAAGUUUAA